UUUAGUGUCAGCCAUGGGGAUCAUACAACAGAGAAACCUUUGCCACUUCGCCAUUGUCUCUUUUCUCUUGACCUCAACUUCACCUGCUGCAGAUGCUCAGAUCAGAUUAGUUGGGUCUGGGUCUACUCGUUGCUCUGGAAGAGUUGAAAUCUAUUACAACAGUGCCUGGGGAACAGUAUGUGAUGACGAGUGGGACCUAAAGGACGCUGAGGUAGUGUGCAGACAGUUGCACUGUGGUACGGCACUGAGUGCUCCUCAGUCGGCCCACUUUGGUCAAGGAACCGGCAACAUCUGGCUUGAUGAUGUUGGCUGUUCAGGAACUGAAAGGUCUCUAACUGUGUGUCAGCACAGAGGAUUUGGGACACACAACUGUGCACACAGUGAGGACGCUGGUGUCAUCUGUUCAGGUGAGAAAACCUUUGGAUAAAUGUGACAAUUUCUGAUGAGCCUUUUGGAUGCAGCACUGGGUAAAGUGCUG